CCACUGUACAUCAUUUUUUCCUCGAAGUUUAUUGGUUAAGAUACUGGGAGUAAUCAGCCCCCCGAUGUCGAGAGUUUUACUCUCCGGCAGCCCAGAAGGUUCCAGACGGUUGUCCCACACGCUGUCAAAAAUGAUGGGCCAACAGGUUCUCGUGCUGAGCCAGAAUAUGAAGAGGGAGUCUGGACGGAAGGUUCAGACAGGAAAUAUCAGUGCAGCCAAGACGAUCGCAGACGUCAUCAGAACAUGCCUGGGACCAAGGGCCAUGAUGAAGAUGCUGUUGGACCCCAUGGGUGGGAUCGUGAUGACCAACGAUGGUAACGCUAUCCUGAGAGAGAUCCAGGUCCAGCACCCGGCUGCCAAGUCCAUGAUUGAGAUAAGUCGCACUCAGGACGAGGAGGUGGGAGACGGCACCACCUCUGUCAUCAUCCUGGCGGGUGAGAUGCUGUCCGUGUCAGAGCAGUUCCUGGAGCAGCAAAUGCACCCAACAGUUGUCAUCAGCGCCUACAGACAAGCUCUGGAUGAUAUGCUCAACCUUCUCAAAGAAAUCAGCACCCCAGUGGACGUUAGCGACAGGAAGAUGAUGCUGAAGAUCAUCCACUCUGCCAUCAACACCAAGGCCCUGAGCCGCUGGUCUGACAUGGCCUGCAGCAUCUCACUGGACGCCGUCAAAACUGUGGAGAUGGAGGAGAACGGACGCAAGGAGAUCGACAUCAAGAAGUACGCCAAAGUAGAAAAGGUUCCCGGUGGGAUCAUCGAGGACUCAUGCGUGCUGAGAGGUGUGAUGGUUAACAAGGACGUGACUCACCCGCGCAUGCGCAGAAUGAUCAAGGAUCCCCGCAUUAUCCUGUUGGACUGCUCCCUGGAGUACAAGAAGGGAGAAAGCCAGACUGAUAUUGAGAUCACUCGUGAGGAGGACUUUGCCCGCAUCCUGCAGAUGGAGGAGGAGUACAUCCAGCAGAUCUGUGAAGACAUCAUCCGCCUCAAGCCUGACCUCAUCUUCACAGAGAAGGGCAUCUCAGACUUGGCUCAGCACUACCUGAUGAAGGCUAACAUCACGGCUAUUCGCCGUGUCAGAAAGACAGACAACAACAGGAUCGCCAGAGCGUGUGGCGCACGUAUUGCCAGCCGUACGGAUGAGCUGCGCGAGGAGGACGUGGGCCUGGGGGCGGGCCUGUUUGAGAUCAAGAAGAUUGGAGACGAGUACUUCACUUUCGUCACAGAGUGCAAAGACCCCAAAGCCUGCACCAUCCUGCUGAGAGGAGCCAGCAAGGAAAUCCUGGCGGAGGUGGAGCGUAAUCUGCAGGAUGCCAUGCAGGUGACCCGCAACGUUCUGCUGGAGCCCAGCCUGCUGCCUGGCGGCGGCGCCACCGAGAUGGCAGUGUCCCAGCGGCUGAUGGAGCGAUCCAAGGCCAUCACUGGCGUAGAGCAAUGGCCCUAUCGCGCCCUUGCCCAGGCCCUGGAAGUCAUCCCCCGCACCCUCAUCCAGAACUGUGGCGCCUCCACCAUCCGUGUGCUCACCGCCCUCAGGGCCAAGCACACCCAGGAGGACAGUGUAUCGUGGGGGGUGAAUGGAGAGACUGGCACCCUGGCUGACAUGACCGUCCUGGGCAUCUGGGAACCGCUGGCCGUCAAGGCUCAGACCUACAAGACCGCAGUAGAGACGGCCAUCUUGUUGCUGCGCAUCGACGACAUUGUCUCCGGACACAAGAAGAAGGGAGACGAGCAGACAGGAGGAGGACAGGGUGCUGAGUAGAGGAGAAGAAGACAAGGAUCAGGAAGAGGGUAAUGGAGGAAUAGGCAAUCUGAGCUGUGACAACACUGUUCUAUAAACCACUAACUUAGAUAUGACAUUUGGUAUGGACACUAAGCAGACUGGGAUAGUGUUGUUGCAUGCAUUACAUAUGAAUGCACUAGAUUGGGUAUUAAGGCACCCUAGUUGGCUUUGGUCAGUGUGUGUUUGCGCAGUAUUUAUGGCAGUAAGUAAGAUGACUGAAUAUGUUCUCCUGGGACCAAGGUUUACCUCAGCUAGUCACUGUAGGUAUUUCUCUGUAUGUUAAAACUCCUUUGUGUGACUUUAGUUGAAGAACAGUUGCCAAUGGAUGGUGACCAAAUCAAGUUACCUAUAAGUCAUUUGAAUGAACUACUAAAAAAAAUAGACAUUGUAAAUGAUUUAGAGCCUGCAAUGUCCACUUCUUUUAAAUUAUAUAUUAUAUGGAUUGGAUCAUAACACAUUACUGCAUUUCAAUGAAUGAGAAUGCUUUCUCUCUCCAAAAUAAUUGUUGGGGUUAUUAAAUUGGAUUGGUGACUAUGGUUCUGAAUCCUGUUACUCCACCAUAACUUUUUUCCUCCAUUACCCCUUUGCCUGGUGCUGUUGCCUGUGAUUGUAUCAACCUCAAUAAAAUUGGAAACAUGA